AUGCCUCAGGGCACCUACUUCACCUACCAUCCAGUGUUAGAUGGCACACCAUGUGAUGCUGAGGGCAAUGAUUCACCUCUGGACCACCCACCUCACCUAGAACACGAUACCUGGCAUCCUUUUCCUUCCCAUGGCCAUUUUGAGCUUGCCGACUUCAUCUUCCGUCGCAAUCAAAUGCCUGCAAAACAAAUAGACGACUUGAUGCAGGUCCUUGCACAUUUUGAUGAGACUCACAGCCAUCCACCUUUCAAUAGCAACACCCAUCUUUAUGAUACUAUCAACUCGAUCUCUUCACACAAUGUUCAGUGGCAGUCAUUGUCUCUCCAACAUCCUGACUUUGAGAUACUCCAGAAUGAUCCUAACACUGCUCCAUGGAAACAUGUUGAGUAUGAUGUUUGGCAUCGAGACCUGCAUGAGCUGCUGCAAAACCAGCUUUCAAACCCUGAGUUUGCUGGAGGCAUUGAUUAUGCACUGUGA